AUAGGUAGACGGUCACAGCAGCAUGCUCCGCUCUUGCUCUCGCGCCGCCGGGCGCUACGUGUCGGUCGUAUUGCGAACUUCAUCAUUGGGUAGCACCCCUGCAGCAGCAGCAGCAGCAGCAGCAGGCGCACGCCCCGGCAGACUUGGAUUACCUGCGUCGCACGAGCUCGGCGUGGUAGCACGUCGAGCUCUGUCCACGUUGUUGUCGGACGAACAGCUCAGACGCAAGAUGGACGAAUUCAACGACCUGUUUGUCACCGCAAGGGAAGAAAUGGAAUACGCGGAGGAGAGCAAGGAAACAACCUACUUCGACGAAGAAGCGGCGGCGGCUAAGGAGGCUGUUGAAGAGGCGGUGGCGCUAUUCGAGGAGGUGCUGAGGUCCGUGGACGAGAAGAAGCGAACAGAAAUCAUGAGAUCAAGUGGCCUGCGAGUCGAGCAGCUGAAGGCGGAGCUCGACCAAUUGUUGAUAUCUGAUGACCACUGAUGGAGCAGAGCGUGGGAAUACCUACGCGCCCCGCGGAUUCUAGAUUUUGCCCAAAUGAGUCGCAUCAUCGCCGUUGGCGAAGCCGCCAGCUUUUGGCCGGAGCGAGACGAAGACGGACGUCGAUACACCUGCUGGCGAUCGGGGUAGAGCCGUGCCUGUUGUUCCUUGUAGUAGGCGGAAAGAGCGAACAUGUUUCACUUGCAGUCUUUCCUGGCUUG